GAUGAAAUAACUAAGGUGGUUGAUGAUGAAUUAACGAAACUUAUAGGACAUAUUACGGAUGAUAAGAAAUGGGAAGACGUUGCCGAACACUGCAAGAACGUCGGUUCGUCGUCAGACGACACCGACGGAGAAAAAAGAGCAAAGCAAAAAGCUUGUAAGCUUUUUGCUUUAGGUUUAAAACACAUUUCUAAAAUUACUGACGACACCAACAACGAUUCUGUACCACUUAGAAAAACUAUGAUGUGCGCAGCACUUAAUCUUUAUGCUGAUCAAUUAAUAAACAAUGCAACAGAUCAAUGUCCUUUAGAUAAUGAAAAAUUGGAUCAGGCAAUACAACACGCUUUUAGUAAAAGUAAAGACAUUAUGGGGAAUGGAUCACCCUCAUGCCCAUCUGGUACUAAGGAUCCUAAUUCUUGUUUUGUUUGCAAAAGAGAAAACGCUUUUGCCAAUUGUCAAAUUGGCAGCAAUGCCACUGACAAAGUAGGGGGAAAAAUGACCGACCUCCUCAAACAGAACAACGAUGACACCAAAAUGAACAAAACCUUGUCCGAAAUAAAUAAAAUAGAAACUUUCUGUACUCAAGUCCAAUGUGCUAUAAAACAAGAACUUAGGAGAAGAAGUAAACUUUCAAAUGGGGAAUCACCAUCUUGG